AUGUUUCCACGGACUGUAGCAGUAGUCGCCUUGCUAGGCGCUGCCAAUGCUCUUCCCAGCCAUGUCCCUCAAGUGCACAAACGUGCUGGCAAGAACACAUACGACUAUGUGAUCGUUGGUGGCGGCAUUUCUGGGCUUGUAGCUGCAAAUCGUCUUUCUGAAGACAAGAAGAAGAGUGUUCUCGUCAUCGAAGCUGGCGGCGCUGAUGACAACAUGAACAUCCGCUUGCCCUACGCCGCCACUUAUCCAAUCAACACAACACUCUUUUGGAGUUUCGUUGCCGAACCAGAGCCUUUCCUCGCUAAUCUCACAUAUGCUGGUCUCGCAGCGCAGGUACUUGGUGGUGGUUCUAUCGUGAACGGCAUGGCGUAUGAUCGCGGUUCAAUUGCCGACUUCGAUGCGUGGGAGGCGCUAGGAAACAAGGGCUGGGGUUGGAGUGGCAUGUACCCCUUCUACAAGAAGAGCACAACGUUCAUCCCACCACCGGCAGAUGUAGCAGCAGAGUUCAACAUAACCUGGGAUCCUACGGCUUACGGGAACGGUCCUUUGAAGAUCGGUAUCUCAGACUUCCAGUAUCCCGACACCAAGGACUACUUCAAAGCCUUCCAGGGUGCGGGCGCGAAAAUGCAACUCGACGGUAACAACGGAGAUGCGUAUGGCGCGUCAUGGUGGGCCAACACAAUGAACCCUGAGACUGGCGAAAGAUCACACGCUCGUAACUCUUACUAUGAACCUGUUUCGACUCGCUCGAACUUGAAUGUUCUUCUGGAUACACUUGCCACGGAGCUCGUGUUCGACAGCGGUAGGAAACUCACUGCGAAGGGUGUCAAGAUUACCAAUAAGAAGACGAACACGACCUCAGUCGUUUAUGCGAAGAAAGAAGUUAUUCUGGCUGCGGGUGCAUUCAACACCCCGAAGCUUCUCCAAGUUAGUGGUAUCGGACCAAAGUCUGUCCUUCAGGCUGCCGGUAUUCCCGUGAAGCUUGAGAACGACGCUGUUGGUUCAAACUUCCAGGACCACCCGUAUAUGGGUGUCGUAUUCAACAUUUCCAAUAUGAGCACACCCAACCCGACUUCUCUGGAUACCGAUCCUGCCUUCAACGCUUCAGCGUGGGCAGAAUACCGCGCAAACAGGACAGGACCAUUGACACUGGCACGAGGCAACAGUCUGGCUUUUAUCCCACUUCCCAAAAUUGAUCCUAAGAGGUACCGAAGCCUUGCCAAGCAACUGACGGGUCAGAAAGAUGAUGCAUAUCUGCCUUCCAUCUACAAGAACAACAAGAAGCUGCUGAAGGGUGUUCGCGCUCAGCGGAAGAUUCUCGCUGGUCUGUAUCAGAACCCCGAGGCUGGUAUGACGGAAUACGCGAUCCCAGCAUCUGGUUCGUACGAGCUCGUCGCUCUUGAGAAGCCGGUUUCUCGUGGCACAAUUAUGAUCAACCCUGCCAAUCCCCAAGGUCCGCCAGUCAUCCUGUACAACGCUAUGAGCAAUCCCCUCGACAAGGCUAUUCUCGCAUCUUCCGUGCGCUGGAUUCGACAGGUCUGGGCUCGUCCAGAGCUUGCGAAGUUUUCGCCUGUAGAGCUUGCGCCAGGCCCUCAGUACACAAGCAAUGAAGACAUUAUUAAUGUUUCGAUUCAGUCGCAAGCUAUUACACCGUCGCUCGCGCAUCCUUCUUGCAGCUGCCCUAUGAUGCCGGAAGAGAUGGGUGGCUGUGUUUCUGAUAAGCUUCUCUUCUAUGGCGUCGAGAACCUGUCCAUCAUUGAUGCCUCUAUUAUGCCUCUCAUCCCCUCUCAACACAUUCAAUCAACAAUGUAUGCUAUUGGUGAGAAGGCGGCGAGCAUCAACAAGAGCCGCGGUUGA